GCACUGAAAUAUGUCACAACGGGUGAGCUGCCCAAGGGGAAUCUGCAGGCAUUUAUCCACGAUAUCCGGCUAUGUGAUAAAGCACGAGUGGACGCAUCGGUAAAGCUGAAGUUCCGGGACAUCCGCGGAAGAUGCUGUGUAGUAACGAGACGUAUGAUGCAAUUCAAAGGCGCCAAGGGGAAGCUGAGCAAUAAAUCUGAGGAGAGUACGAUUGCUAUUGAGAAUGAGCAUGGCGAAUGGAAAAGCUUGUCGUCAAAAGUGAUCGACUGCAAAAAAGAAAUAUUGAAUCUUCUCGGUUUACCUGCUGCGAUAUUGGACUAUGUUGUGUUCUGUCAUCAGGAGGAAUCAUCUUGGCCACUUGAUGAGCCAAAAAAAUUAAAGGAACGCUUUGACGAAAUUUUCCAAGUGACGGGAUAUGUGAAGGCAAUCGAUGUCCUGAAGAAAGAGCUGAAAGAAAAUCAGCAGGAAUUGAAAAUUAUUGACAACAAACUACCAUUUCUGGUCAGACAGUUUGAGGAAAAAGGCAAGCUACACAGCGAAUACAGUGGUUUGAAAGAUGAAGUACUGAAGACUGAAGAAGAAGUUACGCGAAGCCAAAAUGUGCUCAAAGAGUUGACUGUAGAAAAAGAAAAGAAAGUUGCAGAGCUGGAACAGGCCGAAACGUUGCAAAAAAAACACGAUAUGAUUGAAGCGGAGCGGCAAAUAUUUCUUGAUCAGAUCAAGUGCUGCUCAUUGCCGGUUUAUGCUGGUGGUAUUGAAGAACUGAAACGUGAAAUUGAUCAGGUGCAUGAACACGAUGAUCUGGUACAGCAACUCAGCCGUCUGAUCAAUAAAUACAGGCAGGAUGUGGAUAAUUUCAAUGUACACUAA